AUGAGUUCUAGGGCGCUGACUUGGCCGCGGACUGCGAAGUCCUCUCUACUAAAGCAACAAACCUACUCCUUUGUCGGCCAGCCCACAUUGGGAACUCCCAAUUGCCGGUCCUUCUCUUCCACCGCCGAUCGGCCGAUCAACCAAAGUGCCGAGUUUUCGUCCAGCAGCAAAAGCUAUGACCGACUAGGUCGUCGGGCCAAGGAAAAAUUAUUGGAUCGUGAAUUUUUCCUUAGUCUGCUGAACUCCGCGUCUACGAAACGAGAGGCCAAAUCGUAUCUGGCUCGCCUGAAAGCACAGCAUCCUCCGAAAGCGCAAACAAAACCAACCACCGGACAUUCGAAAGAAACGGUAACACAAUCAUUACCGUCGGGUGUUAACCUGGGUUCAUUCUAUGGAGCCUCGCGGUCUGUGUAUGAUAGUCCGGUCUUCAGGCAUGACUCAACGCCCCUCCCACCACCGUUAGAAUUGCCAGAGGGAAGACUCCAUCUAGCCCUGAUUAAACUCAGGACACCGCAGCUACUUGAUGACACUAUUAUCAGUGGAGUAGCCAAGACCCUGUCCCAGCUGAGCCGCCUAGGGAUGGCUUGUUGUGUUGUGGUUGACCCUGGAACUGCGGACAAUGCCAAUGUCUUACGCAGGGUUGCUGCAGAACAAGCCGAACGUAUUUCAAUUGCAGUAGAUGCACAACCAGACUCAAAGUCUGCCCAUCUCGACUCGGUCUUGUCUCUGUCCCCGAUGUUUCCGGAACUUCCCGCCGUUCUAUCCAGAAAGGCGCUCCUUAAUCCGCUCCGCGACGGUCAAAUUGUGGUUCUUGCCCCUAUUGCCUACACGGAAGAUGUUCCUAAGGCAGUUACCAUAUCUGCAAAUGAUGCCAUUCUGGCCCUCACGAAAGAGCUUGCCGGUCUGGCGAUGCGUCCCGACCCUGAUGAAGACCCUUGGCUCACAGCGCAGAAAAUCGCUAAGCUGCAAAAGGAGGUCUCAUUGGAUCGAGUAAUUCUCCUGGAUCCUCUCGGAGGGAUUCCUUCCUUCCGAGGACCGCAAACAUCGCACGUUUUCAUCAAUAUGGAGCAGGAAUUUGAUGAUAUCAAGAAUGAGUUACUUCACGUACAGUCCAGUGAAGCUUGUACAGCAACCACGCCACAACGGAAAGAUACCUUCGUUCAGGACCCUUUGGAGAGGCACCUGGACAACCUGCAGUUGUCGCAAAAUGUGCUUGCUAUGCUCCCAUCGGCGUCCUCAGGGAUUAUUACCUCACCGCUGGAAGUUUCGAACUCAGCUAGGACACCCCAGGCUAACCCUUCAUAUGUCUCUGCUGUGGGCACUCGACGGCAGCGAAACCCACUCAUUCACAACCUACUCACAGACAAACCGCUGCUUUCCUCUUCACUGCCCGUGAGCCGACGAGAGGCGAUGAACCGUAGACGAGGCUCCAUCAAUUCCCCAAGUUCUCACACAACUUUUGUCAAGCGAGGCAUGCCUCUCACGAUGAUUCCCAAUCCACGAGUUGAGGUGUGGACGGCGCAAAAUCGGCCACGGCUGACGCUGGAUGAUCCGAGCAUCGACCUCCCGCGAUUAGUUCAUUUGAUCGAAGACUCCUUCAACCGUAAACUGGACGUCCAAGAUUAUCUUAACCGUGUUAACGAUCGCUUGGCGGGACUGAUCAUUGCUGGAGAGUACGAAGGUGGUGCUAUCCUCACGUGGGAGCUGCCGCCGGGUGUGGAAGACGAUGGUAGCCCGGCCAGUGAAGCUCGGAUGGUCCCAUACCUGGACAAAUUUGCCGUCUUAAAACGCAGCCAAGGCGCCGGCGGUGUGGCCGAUAUUGUGUUCAAUGCUAUGGUUCGCUCAUGUUUCCCCAACGGGGUGUGCUGGCGCAGUCGCAAGGACAACCCAGUAAAUAAGUGGUACUUCGAGCGCUCUACGGGGACGUGGAAGCUAUCUGACACUAAUUGGACUAUGUUCUGGACGACUCCAGGAUUAACGGAGAAUUCGCAAAGGUUUUGCGAUUACGAGCAAGUCUAUCGCCAUCUCCUCUUUAAUAGGCUUGGAGGGGACAACAACCAAUUCGAUAGAUCUAUAAUUCGUCUAGGAGUCCUUCUACUUUUGUUUGACGUCUACCUGACAUGGGCACGCAUUGAGAAGUCUCCUUCAUUGGCUACUACUUUCCUCUCUCGCGCACCGAUCAUUGUCCAGUACUUUUUCUUUUUGGGUCUAAAUGCGCUUGCGACUCUUGCCCAUCACCUCACUAUCCGUGCCCUAGCUUCAGUCCUUGCCCCAGCACCUCGAGGCUUGAAGCAAAAUGGCAACAACCCGACGACUACCACGACAGAAAGCCCUCUCUCCACCCCCUCGACACCGGUACAUACCUCUCCUCCAUCUCAAAUCACGAAUACGCAUUCCCAACUAUCCCCCACAUCAGCAUCCAUGUUGAGCCCACCUAGGCUCAGUCGGCAAGGCUCUUAUGACACUCCAUCAGCGGGCGGAGGGUUCUCCACCGCAAACAGUACGGGAAAUGAUAAUUACGCCGUCCUUCUAGCAUCUCAAGGUUCAUUCCCGCCACCUCCUUUGCGUCGCGCCUCUACAGCUCCAAUCCAGAGCAUUCAGCCGCUACCUCCUCCAUCUCCCGCCAGUCCUACCGCGAUCAGCACGGCACUUCUCGUUAGCAGAAAAAUUACUGCGGUACCCGAUCAGGUCUAA